UUUCGAAGCUCUACUAAAAGUCUCUCUUCUCUUCUUUCUCUCAGACCCAAAGACUCCUAUUUUCAUCAAUCACUACCAGAAACAGAAACCGGAAAACGCCUUCCUCGCCGGCGAGUUUAGCCGGAAAAUGGCCUAUAUGUGUACAGACAGUGGAAACUUAAUGGCCAUAGCACAACAACUCAUCAAACAAAAGCAACAACAACAACACCAAUCACAGCUGCAACACCAACAAGAACAACCGAUUCCAUGGCCCAAUCAAUCCUCAGGUUAUACUCUAACCGGUUCGGGUUUCCUCGACCCGAUUCAGGUAGCCGGCGACCCGGGUUUUCAGUUUCUACACAUGGAGCACCAAAACGCCGUCGUUUCUGAGGGUUUUAGAUUUUCUUCUGAUGAAGAGUUCGACUCGGACGAGUGGAUGGAAAGUCUAAUCAACGGUGGAGAUGCGUCGCAAACCAAUCAAGAUUUUUCAAUCCACGGCCAUGAUCCAUCAGUGGUAUUCCCGAGUCGACUCAGUACUCCGUCGGAUCUUAACGGAGUAAUAUUCUUAAAUAAGGAUGACUCAGCGAGUCAACUCACUAACCCGCCGGUUGCCACCACUUUGUGGACCCCAUCUCCGCCGCAGCUAGUGACAAAGGAGCCAGCUUUUGACUUAAACCGGCCGGUUCUGAAAGCUAUCCACGAUUGUGCACGGAAUUUAGAAAUCAAACCGGACGUAGCCGCGGAAACGCUUGUUCGGAUCCGAGAAUCCGUAUCGGACUCAGGCGACCCGACGGAGCGAGUUGGGUUUUACUUCACGGAAGCUCUGUCUAAAAGACUGUCGUCGACGGCAAAGAAAGAAACGGAAUCGCCGUCGCUAAAAGAUUUCAUUCUCUCUUAUAAAACCUUAAACGACGCUUGCCCUUUCUCCAAAUUCGCUCACUUGACGGCGAAUCAAGCGAUUCUAGAAGCUACGCACAAUUCCAGCAACAUUCACAUCGUCGAUUUCGGAAUUUUCCAAGGUGUUCAAUGGGCUGCUCUCUUGCAAGCUCUAGCGACCCGAGCCUCUGGAAAACCCGCCCGAAUUCGGAUUUCGGGUAUACCCGCUCCUUCUCUCGGCGAUUCACCGGGAAUGUCUCUGAUCGCUACAGGAAACCGCCUCCGUGAUUUCGCGGCGGUUUUGGACCUGAAUUUUGAGUUUUAUCCGAUUCUCACUCCGAUCCAUUUACUAAACGUGUCGAGUUUCCGGGUCGAACCGGAUGAUUUUCUCGCCGUGAAUUUCAUGCUCGAGCUUUAUAAGCUUCUCGACGAAACGGCGACGAUCGUCGAUAAUGCACUCCGGCUCGCUAGAUCGCUGAACCCGAGAAUCGUGACACUUGGUGAAUACGAAGUGAGUUUAAACCGGGUUGAAUUCGUUAACCGGGUGAAAAACGCUCUCCGGUUCUAUUCAGCGGUUUUUGAAUCACUCGAACCGAAUUUGGAGCGAGAUUCGAAAGAAAGGCUAAGAGUGGAGAGAGUUCUUUUCGGUAGGAGGAUAGCGGAUUUGGUUCGACCCGGUAAUAAUAAACCGGGCAACCGGUCAGGGCGAAUGGAAGAGAAAGAACAGUGGAGAGUGUUGAUGGAGAAAGCUGGUUUUGAGCCGGUUAAACCGAGUAAUUACGCGGUUAGCCAAGCGAGUCUGCUCCUAUGGAGUUACAAUUACAGUACAUUGUAUUCACUUGUUGAAUCGGAGCCAGGUUUCAUCUCCUUAGCUUGGGACAAUGUGCCUCUCCUCACUGUUUCCUCAUGGCGUUGAUGAUCUGAUUCAAUAUAUCCGAACCGACCAGACAAGUUUUUUUUGUGUGUAUGUUUAGUGUUGAUAAAUUAAUAGUGAGUUAGUUUUUGAAAUUGCAUUGUUUAAAGAUUAUCUCUGAAGUAGUGAAGUUUAAAAGAGGUGUUUUUAGAUUUGGUUUUAUAAUUACUCGAAGCUGUAUUCCCCUUUUAGAUAUGUUUUUAGUAUUUGGAGUGAUGGUUGGUCUUUUUGUUCAUUUGUAAUAUC